UUACUCUUUUUGUCCCUCUAUACUUUUUCCAUCCCCCUUUUCCCUUGUCUUACUCUUGCCGCCUCCCUUGAAGCUCCACCCUGACCUGGUCAGGGCAGGCUACAGGAAACAGUUGUGAUGUAUGAGUCCUAGGCUCCUGCAGAACAUGCCAGAACACGAGGCAACAGCAGCCCUUAAGGGAGAGAGGUAGAGAGAGAGUAGGAGGGGGAGGUGGUUUCCGUUUCAUUCCUCUAGUAAAUCUAUUCUUGGCAGCACCAUUGCUCCUCCUGUUGCGGAGCUUCUGCCUCUCUGUCUGUGUGCUCCGUCUGAGAUGGAUGCCAUCAUGCUGCAGGAGAAACUCGCGGAGCGUCUGCUGUCCCCCAGAGUGAGGACAACAAGGCUGAAGGACAAGCAGUAUGUGGGAUUCGCCACCCUCCCCAACCAAGUACACAGGAAGUCUGUGAAGAAGGGCUUUGACUUCACUCUCAUGGUGGCAGGGGAGUCUGGAUUAGGGAAGUCCACUCUGGUGAAUAGCCUGUUCCUCACUGACCUGUACAAAGACCGCAAGCUUUUGAAUGCUGAGGAGCGUAUCAGUCAGACGGUGGAGAUCAUCAAGCACACAGUGGAUAUUGAGGAGAAGGGAGUAAAGCUGAAACUGACCAUUGUAGACACUCCCGGAUUUGGAGACGCUGUUAACAACAAUAAGUGCUGGAAGCCAAUCACAGACUACAUUGAUCAGCAAUUCGAGCAGUAUUUCCGAGACGAGAGCGGCCUCAACAGGAAGAACAUUCUGGAUAACCGAGUGCACUGCUGCCUAUACUUCAUCGCACCAUUCGGUCACGGCUUAAGGCCUGUGGAUGUGGAGUUCAUGAAGGCUCUUCAUGAGAAGGUGAACGUGGUGCCUCUCAUUGCCAAGGCAGACUGUCUGACGCCAAAUGAGAUCAAGAAGCUGAAGGACAGGAUACGGGAAGAGAUUGACAAAUUUGGGAUCAAAGUGUACCAGUUUCCAGACUGUGAUUCAGAUGAGGACGAUGAGUUUAAGCAGCAAGACAAAGAACUAAAAGAGAGCACCCCCUUUGCUGUGAUUGGGAGCAAUACGGUAGUGGAGGCCAGAGGUCAGCGGGUGCGAGGGAGACUGUACCCCUGGGGCAUUGUGGAAGUGGAAAACCAAUCGCAUUGUGACUUUGUGAAGCUGCGAAACAUGCUGAUCCGAACACACAUGCAUGACCUAAAGGAUGUGACAUGUGACGUGCACUAUGAAAACUACAGAGCCCAGUGCAUACAGCAGAUGACCAGUAAAUUGGCCCAGGAUAAUCGCAUGGACAGCCCAAUACCCAUCCUGCCCCUGCCCACCCCAGAUGUGGAGACGGAGAAGCUGAUUAAGAUGAAGGAUGAGGAGCUGAAGAGGAUGCAGGAGAUGAUUCAGAAGAUGCAACAGCAAAUGCAUGAGCAGGAUCAGUGAUUUUUUUGUUUUGAGUUCAAAAUGCUAGAAAGCGCAGUAGUGCAAAGGACCCUUCUUUCCAAACUAGCAGUUUUUCUUAAGGUCACUAAACUAUGUUAUUUACAUUAUAAAAAUGAAUGCCCACAAAAAUAUCUAAUGUGUAUAUAGCUAUAUAGGACUUCUUUGCUGUUCAGUGAAUGGGCCUGUAAAAUUGUGAUAUCCACUGGUCUGUGUGGCACUAUGCAGGAGCAUGAUUAAUGUGCUGUUUAGGAGUUCAUGGUUUUUUAAAGUCUACUUGAUGUUCAUUUAAAACCUAUUAAUAAUAUUAACAGAAUUAACAUGGUGUAAUAUUUAAAAGAUUGUAUUUAUGAAUAUGACUUUUUAAGUUUGUCCAAGCUGUUGAUACAAUUUAUGAUGUUAACAUUAUAUUCUCUACAUGUUUCAUGACUGUUUUUCAGGGUGAUUGUGAGUGAGAGUGUUGCAUUGAUAUGGAUUUUCUGGAAUCCCUGUGGAACUUGAUCCACAAUCUUGAACAGAAUUAAUUGCAUUCCAAGAAACAGGACAUUUACAGAAUUAUUUUGAUGCUGGUCAUGAUUAGUCUGUGAGUUGUACUACUUGUGUUCAUGCCAGUCAGUUAAUUUCUGGAUAUUGUAUGUGAGUGUUUCUUUAAGAUCCACUUCCCAGUAGUAUCUGCUUCAUUAAAAAGCUGAACAAAAAGGAAACUCUCUUCCAAGGAUAAAAGAGGUAUAGGUUAUACAAGCCAACAGAGCAGGUAGGUGUGCUAACGACAACAGGUAUUCGAUCUAGUCAAUAAUCAGUUUAAAAAUAAUAACAAAAGAAAUAAUUAUUCAUCGAGUCAUGUGAUAUCCCCUGGUAUGAGGUAUUAGUCAGAAUACUUUUUCAGAUUUCUUGUGAAUGCGAUAUUUUUUUUUUUUACUGAAAUGGCAACUCUCAUCUUAGUGUACUAUUACACAUCCACAUAAUAGCCAAUGGAAAUGAAGAAACGCAGGUUGUAAGUGCCUGUCAUUAUUUCAAGAGGAAGCGCACUUCCUGUACUUUAAUCAUAAUACUUUUGUGUGUUUUUGUAUUUAAACUAUUUAAAUAAAUAGAAACUGAGAUACAUGCAGAGCAGCAAAAAACAUUGUCAGGAAUUAUUUUCUUAAGAUUCUGAUUGGUCAGAAUAGACUGUAUUUUAUGUUCCUGCUUGGCUUCCAGACUUUAAAAUUGUGUAUACUAAAUAAUUUUUGGAAAGAUUUACAGACCCACCAAGUAAAUUAUCCAGGUACGUGUGGAAAUGUGAGUGAGCAUUGUAUAGGAGAUGACAACAUGCUUAUGCGUGUGUAUGCAUAUCCGUGUGUGUGUUUAGAGCCCCUUUGUACACACUUCACUGUAUAUGAGCUGUGCAAUCCACUUUUGUUAGUGGACCACGUUGCUUAUUUUAGUGUUACCGCUUUGUUCAUGUGAAACUCAUACACACAUGAUGACUAUGAAUUAAAACUCAUACACCAA